UAAACAAGUACUUAAGUAUCGACGAGUAUUUCAAACUCAAAAAAACUUUGUAUAUUGUUUGAUACAUCACCAUCAUGUCUUCGGAAUCUGCUGUGAAACUUUAUCAUUUUCCACUAAGUGGCCCAUCCCGCGGAGCUCUUUUAGCAGCUAGAGCGAUAGGUGUUCCAGUACAAAUCCAGAUUGUAAACUUAUUUCAAAAAGAGCAGCUAAAGGAAGACUUUUUGAAAAUAAACCCUCAACAUUGUGUUCCAACUCUGGAUGACGAUGGCUUCGUAAUAUGGGAGAGCCGGGCCAUCGCUUGUUAUCUCGCUGACAAAUAUGGAAAAGAUGAGGAUGACACACUUUAUCCAAAGGACUUGAAGGAACGCGCUGUUGUAAACCAGAGAUUGUACUUUGAUGCCUCGUCUUUGUACGUGAAAAUUCGUGCAAUAUGUUUUCCCAUUCUUUUCUUGGGCGAAACGGAAAUUAAGGAGUCACUUAAGAAGGACCUCGAUUCAGCUCUAGAGUUUCUAAAUGGAUUCCUAGAAACAAGCAAGUGGGUAGCAGGACACAAGCUGACUAUAGCAGACACAUCCAUUUAUGCUUCACUGUCUAGUAUACUGGCUGUAGGAUGGGACAUCUCAUCUUUCCCAAAUAUUCAACGUUGGAUAAAGGACUGCGCUACCAUACCUGGUUAUGCUGAAAAUGAGGAAGGUGCUAAGCAAUUUGGUGAAGCUGUUAAGAAAAACCUGAAAAAAUAAUAUAAAAUAGUAUUUAUUUACUUAACAGAUAUCUGUAUAACAUAAUG